AUGGGUAUCAGUGGAUCUCAAGAUAAUAGUGGAAAAAAGCCUGUUGUACUUAUUGUUGGAGGCGGCUACGGCGGUAUUCAAUGCGCCAAAUUAUUAGAUAAAACUGGUCAAUUUUUUGUCGUACUUAUCGAUCGAAAAUCUUAUUUUCUUCAUAAUAUAGCAUCAGUGCGUGCAGUGGUUGAACAUGAUUUUGCUCGAAAGAUAAUUACGCCAUACGAUCGAUUACUUACUAACGGUUGUGUUGUACAAGCUGAAGUAAUAUCUAUUACUGAUGAUAGUAUUCAAGUUUAUGGACGUAAUGAACCAAUUCAUUUUAAUUAUUUAAUCAUAGCGACAGGUUCAUCAUAUGCUUUUCCUGGUAAAAUAGCUGAAACUGACAGCUCCAAAGCAGUUGAUCUUUACAAUAAUUUACAAGAAAAAAUCCAACAAGCUGAACAAAUAUUAAUUAUUGGUGGUGGUCCAGUUGGUAUUGAAUUAGCUGGAGAAAUUGCUACAGAUUAUCCAGAAAAAGAUAUUACAAUUGUUCAUAAUCAAAUGACAUUAUUACAACCAAAAGCAUUUCAAGAUAAAAUAUAUGUUCGUUUACAAGAACAACUUGAAAGAAUGAAAAUAAAAAUCAUAUUAAAUGAUGGCAUUGAAUUAUCUGAUGAUUUACUCAGACACAAACUUAACUAUGUUGAAGGAAAACGAACUUAUAUAACAGAGAAAAAUAAAAUAAAUAUUACAGCUGAUUUAACAUUUCUAUGUAUUGGUGCACAUGUUAAUAAUAAAAGUAUUAAAAAUGGUCCAUUAAUUUCAAAAUUAAAUCCUCAAACAGGUCGAUUAAUUGUUAAUAAUUAUUUUCAAGUUGAUGGUUAUGAAAAUAUUUUUGCUAUUGGUGAUAUAUGUGAUAAAGAAGCAAAAUAUGGCUAUGUAGCAGCAGCUCAAGCAGAAUAUGUUGCUAAAUUUCUAACAUUAAUUGAUAAGAAAAAACCUUAUCCAAAAGAAUAUCAAAUUCAUCAAUAUCCACUUAUACUUUUAACAAUUGGUAGAAAUGGGGGUAUUGGACAAAUUCCAAAUAAAAGUGGAACUAUUAUAGGAAAUUUCCUUGUAAAAUAUAUAAAAGCAAGAGAUAUAUUUACAUCACGUUAUCGAUCAUUUAUGAAUUAUAAAAUGGACAGUGAAAUAGAAAAUAAAUCAGCAUAUACAAAUAAAAUUGAUUCAAUUCAAUCGAUAUUAUCAUUUACUGAACAAGAUGCUCGAAAUUUACUUGCAGGUUUACCAGCACAAGAACUUGCAUCUGGUCAAGAUUUUAUUUAA